AUGCCGAGCCUCUUCUCUCGAAUAAGGGGCAAAGAUGGCCCCAAGUCUAAGAAAAACGGUAAUCUGGCUGAUUUAGCAAACCAAUUGCCUAACAAGCCGCGCUGGGAAGAUGCAUAUACGCGAACGACGGUAGAACCCGAGGAGGUCCAAGAAUUAGUAAAACGCUGCACAGAGGAAGUCAAAGCUAGGGCUCUCGAUCUUCCCUUUCUACUUCUCCCAUUUCGACCGACUUCUGAUCCUAGCGCCGUGCGCACCUUCAUCCGCCACUUUUUCAAUGAUGAGAACCUACGCGGUGAUGCCCUCGCACAGGAGCUACGGAUGACUGAGCCUAUGGUUAUUUCGGGUGUCCUAAAAUGGGUAUGGAGCAGAUUGCUAGGCGGCAUUGUGGGCUGGGAUGCCUACGAGCUUUUCAGAGUUGGAGAGCAAGAUUCGAAUAUGGCCCGCGAUUCCUUCUCUACUUUCAUUCCGCUGAGCGUCGAGAACCAGGCACGAUCACAUAUCAUAUUCGACUACUUCGAUUUACUCUCAGCUAUCUCAGCUCAUGGUAAAUCGAACGGUUUUGGCGGUCGUAAACUAUCUCGCAUGGCAGCUUGGUGGGCCUUCGAACAUAAAGAUACUGGUAAUGGUUUUGACGGAGGAUACAAAUCAUGGCUGAGUGCUGCGGAUGCGACGAGCCAUCUGUUCUUUGCCUAUCUAAGAUCCUUAUCACCCCAGCAGGCUCGCGCAGGUAUUUCCAUGCUCCCCAUGUCCUUGCAAAAGUUACUGCAGGAAACCGAGUAUCCCCCGCAGGCGCCGUCAUUAUUGAUGUCGUCAACGUACAGGGUUGUUAUGAUUGUCGAUGCUGUGUCGUCCACACCGUUUGCGCUUUUACGCCGUGCUAAUCAUUUCCAAUACCGCGAUGAGGACCAAGCUCUUCGAGAGUUUUCUGAGUAUGAGGAUCCUGUGAAGGCCCUAACCGAGGAGUGCCGCAGAGUUCUUAAGGCGAUAUCUCUUGCGAAUCAGUCUCAAGUUUCUAGCUCGAAGCAUUCUACUGGCCUACGAGAUGCGUCGUGGUCGCGAUUCGAAGAUAUCGGCUUUGGUGGUGCCCUAGAGGAAGAGGACGAAGACUCAGACUCGCUUAAAUUUAGCCAUGCUCGAAAUCCCCGUGGACUACGGACUACUCCCGCGUCGGGCGCGAAUCUUGGUAGACCAACUACUCCCUCUUGGGCUGACUUCCUAUCGUCCGGUUUCGUCGAUGACGCGCCGAACAGCCCCUCGAAUCUCUUAUUACCCCCGGAUAAGAUUCUACCCCCGAUCGAGACAACUGUCAGGCAGCGUAGCGCCCAAUCGCACCGUCCACGUCUAGAGAGCGAUCGUCAGCUGGAACCUGGUGAAUUAGCCAGUAUCAGUCGAUUCGACCUGGACGAGGCGUUCUGGUGGGUGUGGAUGAGUAGCUUGGCGCCCGAAGAGACUGCAGAACGUAAGUCGGCAUUUGGUAGGUGUUCUGUUCUCGAGACAGUUAUCCGUCAAGGCCGGUGGCUCGUGAUAGAGGAGAUGGUUAAAGGUGCAGCCCCGGAGCCCGACGCCGGCGCGUAUAUCGCAGAGAAGAAAGGCCUUUUCAGCUGGACAAGGCGUAACAGAGGGAUUUCCCGAAGCAAGUCAACUGCUAAGGCAAGUAGCGAUAAGAAUGAUCGUCUGAACCCUGGUGGCGGUGCCGGCGCUGGCCUGAGCAAGACCAGUAUCGGACCUGACCAGCAAGCCAAGAUCCAGGCAGCGGCGCAAAAACUGCAGGCCAGGCAACUUCAAGAGCAACAAGCUAGCCCCAAGGUGGAACGUCGCGGGCGUACGGAUACCGAGGUGAUGAGAGAAAAAACUCAAAGUAUCCUCACCCUGCAACCAGGCGUUGUAAAUGUAGCUUCACCGGCCAUGAAAUGGGCGAGCAAGUACGACAAGGAAACCAUCCGUGCAGCAUAUCUUGGCAAUUCAUUUGCUGGACGUGGUGUAUCACAAACGUCGCUUCAGAUGCCUAGCCAUCCUCCUGGAACGAAUGGGCUUACGGCAAAUGGCGGUAGCCCUAAGCCGGACGUCCAGGAACAGCCGCAGUCUCCUAUUUCAGUUCAAUCUCAGCCUGAACCUGAGCCAAAACCCCCAGUGACGCCCAAACCUGCUCCGGUUACGGAAAAGAAGCUUGCGGCUCCGCAACCGAUUCACCCCGCUCAGCGGUCGGAACAAACAGGUCGGGAUUCGCCUUUGCCUCCUACUCCGCGUGAAGGGAAGAGCGUAGAAGCAGCCCGCGAGACUAUGCUUUCCCCUGAACCAAGUAGUCCUGAUGGAAAGAAGCACAAGAAACUUCACAAGGAAGACAAAAAAUCUAAGUCCAGCGGUUUUAAGAAGCUAUUUGGCCGAAAUAAGAAUCGUCAAUCCAAGCUACCGGAGAAUGCCGCCGCAGAUGUGAAUAGCAUGCUAGCAGCGCAAUCUCUGGCCCCGGCACCGGCGGCUCGGCCGCCUAUGUCCCCAGAAUCGGUUGCAUCUCCAGAUCUCGAAGCUCUAGUGGAACGGUCCGAAGAAAAGACGCCGACACAAACCCCAGUAACGCCGGUACGUCCCGGACAAGGAUAUGAACCAUCAAUCGACGACAAUCUAUCUCGUGUCGAUACUGCCGAUGCCGCAGAAGCUCACACCGAGUUUUCUCGCUUCGAUCAGGGUCCUCUCCUAGACCAGCCUGCCUUUAUUCCCGAUGAUGAUCAGAGUGUUGAUUCUGCUGCGCCGCCACCUAUUGCCAGACAUUCUAGCCGCCACCCUGCCCUGGAUGACGAUGAUGAUGACGAUGAUGCAGGAGCUCCAUCACCAAGUGUUCCUAUGCAAGACCGAUGGGCCGCCAUUAGAAAGAAUGCCGCCGAACGGGUCACUCGACCAAGCGAAGAGCAGAGCCGGGGUGCGCACAGUAAGACGACAGACGAUGGCGACGAAACCAGUGGCGAAGAGACAAUCGAGUCCCGUGUAGCCCGUAUUAAGGCUCGUGUCGCUGAGCUGACAGGUAACAUGGAGGGUGCCAGCGGUCCCGUAACUCCCUCCAGUCGCCGCUAG